AACCUGCUGCUUCUGAACAUCAUCAUCACUCCUGCAACAGGUCCUGAUAACCAUGAGUCCUAAACACGUUGUCUUCAAGAAAGUUUCCCGUGACAAGUCGGUGGCCGUCUACAUGGCCAAGAGAGACUUUGUGGAUCACUGUGACUUUGUGGAUCCAGUUGAUGGAGUGAUCAUGAUUGACCCGGUGCAGCUCAAAGGAAAGAAAGUGUACGUGAUACUGUCGUGCACGUUUCGGUACGGCCGUCAGGACAUGGAUGUGAUGGGGGUGGCCUUCAGGAGGGACCUGUUCCUGGUGACCCGGCAGGUUUACCCCGAGCUGCAGGACAAGGAGAAACUGACUCACACCAAGAUCCAGCAGAAACUGCUGCGGAAGCUGGGAGACAACGCCUUCCCCUUCUUCUUUGAGUUUCCAGACAACCUGCCGUGUUCUGUGGCUCUGCAGCCUGGACCAUCUGAUGUAGGGAAGAAAUGUGCGGUGGAAUUUGAGGUGAAAGCUUUCUGUGGUGAAAACCAGGAUGAGAAGAUUGACAAAGAGAGCUCAGUUCGUCUCAGCAUCCGUAAGAUCCAGUUCAGUCCAGAGAACAGUAAACUGGUUCCAGUUGCAGAUACCACCUUUGAGUUCCUGAUGUCUGAGAAACCUCUGCACAUCAAGCUGAGUCUGUCCAAAGAGACGUUUUACCACGGUGAGCCGAUAAAAGCGAACGUUGAGAUUACCAACUCAUCCAGCAGGAACAUCAAAGACAUCAGUGUGUCAGUGGAGCAGGUGACCAACAUUGUUCUUUACUCAAAUGACAAAUACGUGAAGUCAGUGGCCAAAGAGGAGACAGAUGACUCAGUUCCCUCUGGUACCACUCUGAAGAAGGACUAUAUCCUACACCCUCUGCUGGCCCAUAACAAAGACAGGAGAGGACUCGCUCUGGACGGACGACUCAAACAUGAGGACACAAACCUGGCUUCAUCCAGCAUUGUGAAGCAGGAGGUCCUGAAGGAGGUCCAGGGGAUACUAGUCUCCUAUAAGGUGGUGGUUCGGAUGAUGGCGACUGGGACCAUUGGAUCCAGUGAGGUGUCUCUGGAGGUUCCUUUCAGACUGAUGCAUCCUAAACCUGAACCAGCCAAGGAGGGUGAAUCAGACGACAUGGUCUUUGAGGAGUUUAAACGAGCCUACCUGAAGGGUGUGGUCUACGGAGACGACGAUGAAUCUCCCACCGAGGCCUGAAACCUCCACCGCUCAGACCCUGUCCCUGCUGUCCAUCACUGUCCAGAGCUGAAGACAAACACAGUUUAGUCCAAAGACUUGAUGGUUUGUAAUGUUAGCAAGGUUUCCUCUAGCACUCCCCUCAGUUAAAUCGUCAGGAUGAUGUUUGAUAUGUCGUAGUGUGACUGUAGUGCAGUCUGCCUGUAGGGGGCUCUGUGGUGCUGUGGGACGCACCAGUCAUGUUUUACAGACAACAUCGGAGAGAGACACACAGUGUCGUAUCCUGACAAGCUGCUGCUGUGUUUCUGUUCAGAACCACAGGGUCUCUGAUGUUCAGCCUCCAUCCAGAACAGAAACCCUAGUCCUGGUCCUGGUCCUGUCCUGGUCUGUCACUCAUAUUCACUGACUGUUAAAGCAACAUGUCACUGACCAAACUGUGUCUGACCUGAGGCUCUAGCUCCAUCACAGCAUGUUGAUACGAAGCAAACAGAGCAGGGAGUCUCUGAUCAACAGAAACGAUUCGGAUGUCUAGUUCCUUUACUGUUAAUGAGCCCUGUGGUGAAGUAACUGCUGCAGUAGAACAACAGUGUAAAUGAUCCUGUUUUUUCGAGUCAAUCUGUUGACCUCAUUCUGACCUUAAAACAGAGUAGUGGGUAGAACAGAUGUGAAGGACUCUGUAGUGAAACCCAUUUUUACUUGCUUUACAACAGUAUUUGAUCGUGUCUCCAUUUAUUACAGGUCAGAGGUCACAGGUCAACAGAAGAAGUUUGUCUAGUUUAAACUGAUAGUAAUCAGCUUCCUGUCUGAGAAUAAAACAAACUCUGUUGUAGAGAAAUGUGUGUUUUCUUUGUUUCACAGAUUGAAACAAACUAAAUGUCAUAUUAAUAACUAUUAAUUAAA